AUGUACAGCAACCAACAUGACGGUGCAACAUUGCCGUGUCUGUUGAGUUUGCUUCGUUGUGAAGAGGGACAGAGUGGACCCACGUAUGAGUCUCUACAGCAGGUCUUUGACAGAAAGCCCUUAAGACCUUCUGUUAACCUCAGCACCCCCACCAUAACCAACAUCUCCUUCACUCUAUAUGCUAUAUUAGGAGUGAACGAAAAGGCACAGAUUCUCACCACCUUCCUCUGGCUCAGACUGUACUGGUUCCAUGAGUUCCUCAUUUGGGAUCCAGAACCGUGUGAUGACGUUACGAGAAUUUCCCUUCCCGUGAAAGAUCUCUGGACACCUGACAUUAUCGUUUAUGAGUUUGUGGACGAUGACGUGUCUCAGGCUUGCCCUUACGUUUACGUGAACCACACCGGCCACAUCCGCUAUGACAGGAUGUUGAGGCUGGUUAGCGCCUGUAACCUUGAAAUCUUUAGCUUUCCAUUCGACAUACAGAACUGCUCUUUCACCUUCGGCUCCUACAUGCACACCAUCAGGGAUGUACGUGUCAGCCCUGCCCUGUCCUUUCAUGAGAUGACGGGGAAUUCAAAGCGUUACCUGCAGGCGAGUGGAGAGUGGGAGCUGGUGGUCAUCUUGGGGGAAGUCAGCAUUUUGAAAUUCGGAAUAGAUGAAUGGGACAUCAUCACUUUCUGGGUGGUAAUAAAGCGACGACCGAUGCUGUAUGUGGUGAAUCUGAUCAUACCCAGCUCCUUUCUCAUGAUCAUUGACAUCCUGUCCUUCUACUUGCCACCACACAGCGUGGAUCGCUCAUCCUUCAAAAUGACCUUGAUUCUGGGCUAUACUGUUUUUCUGCUCAUCAUGAACGACCUGCUUCCCAGCACUGCUAAUGGAACACCUUUAAUAGGUAUCUAUUUCUCAGUGUGUUUGGCGCUCAUGGUCAUAAGUUUACUGGAGACGGUCCUCAUCACCUGUGUUCUCCAUCACAACUCUAUGAAGUACAGGGAGGUGCCACGCUGGGUCCAAGUGUUUGUGUUUGGCUUUCUGGGCAAAAUCAUUUGCUACGGUUUUCCUGAUGACCCUUUUUCUAACCCGCCGGUGAAACAGGACACUAAUCCAUGGGUCACCCCGUCUUCAGAGUCAACCUCCAGUCAACAGACAACCAACAGCUCUGGAACCGUGACUUUGGACGUACCUGAGCUCAGGCAGAUCAGUCAGGAUCUUCGAGAUAUGCAUUCGUAUCUGUCUGUUCUACGAAGGCAAGAUCAACUACAGGACCAGUGGUGUCAUGUGGGUUACAUCCUGGACUUCCUUCUGUUUCGCAUUUAUCUGCUGAUCAUCACGGGCUAUGCGCUUGUGAUUAUAUGCAUGUGGUGCAUCUGGAUGAAUCAGUGA